AACAAAAUUGAAAGGUAAGCGAGACCUCAGCAUUGUCUUUUUUGGCUAUUAUAAAAGUUGUGUAAAUAAAUAUGGCUGCCAUUUAUUGGCCGUUACCAUCGAUUUGGUUGAACUUGCGAUUUUACAAAUUGUAAACAAUCACGACAUUUAAAUGGGGUUGAAAUAAGUUUUGAAACUUUGGAUAGCAUUCUUCCUUUUGGCAAUUUUAUAAUAAAACAUACUUUUAUGCUGGAAACCUGGAAACAGAUUAUUCAUUAAAAGUUCACAUGCAAAAUGGUUAAAAAAAAAGGUAAUGUGAAAAAAAGUGCUAAAAAGAUUGCUAUAAAUUCUACUCCUAAGGGUUCAGCUAAACUCGAAAAUGUUUUUCAUGAGGUAUCGAGAGAGUUUUUUAUGGUUCAGAUUCGUGAUUUGGAGGAAAAAAUUACUCGUUAUCAAGAAAAAUGCGAUACUUUAGACUUACGCAAUAAAGAAAUGGAGGAAUUCAUUGAAAGGCAAGCUCAAGACAAAAAGGAUAUAGUUUCUUUCUUAGAAAAACAACUUGAAGAAAAGUCUGCAGAGCUUGCUCUUGCUCAACAAAACAUACAAUUGUUAGAAAAGCAAUCUAUUAUUGACAGAGAAAAACAUGAAAAAGAUUUGUUGGAUUUAAAAGAAAAUAUGCAAGACUUUAAAGAUCAGUUGCUUUCAGAAAAUAUGAUUCUUAAUGGAAAACUUACUGCUUUAGAUGAUUUCAGAGUACAGAAAGAUAAUAUUCUUAAAGACAUUGCUAAAAAAGAUGAGAUGCUUUCUUUCCAAGAGCAAAAAUAUAAUGAAGAAUUGUAUCAAAUAGAAAGAAAAGCGGUUAUUGAUAAAGAUAGAUUAAAAAAAGAAAUGAUUUUACGAGUUAAUACUGUAGCGUCGGAGUUUCGUGAAGUAUCUAACAAACAAAUAGCUGACACAACCAAACGAACUAUUCAUGAAAAUGUAGUCAUAAACUCUCAGCUUAUUAAAAUGUCUGAUCAAGCUGUCGAACUUGUUUCAGAAAAUGAUGACAUGAAGCUAAAACUAAAAAAGUUAAAAGAACAACUUAAUAUAUUUGAAAGCACAGAGAAGGAGUUAGUUAAAAAAAAUGUUUCAAACUUAAAGGUUAUUCGUAUGCUGACUGAGAAAAUUAAAGAACAAGAGGUGUUAUUACAACAGUUUGAAAUUACUGAUAAGGAACAUAAUUUACUCAAGACUCAAUUCAAAGAGUUAAAUGAGCAGCUAGAUGCUCAAAAGAACCAAUUUAUUUUAUUAGACAAAAAUAAUAAAAAUUUGCAGGGGAAACAUGAAGCUUUAUUAUCAGACAAUAAAAUACUAGCUGAAGAUAAAGAUUACCUUUUUGGAGUAGUGAGUGAUGCUUGCAAAGUUAUCAAGCAGGCACUUCAGUGUGAUACAAAAGAAGAUACAGUAGAUGAGCAAUUGAGAAAUAAUGUAUUGUUUAAGUUAGUUGAAAUUCUAAAUUUAGCUACAAAAAUGGGAAUUGGUUUUCAUUUGACAGAUCUUCCAAACAGCAGAAAAUCUGUAAAUAGAAAACAGUUGCUUACAUCACGUCCAAUGAGAAGAUCUACAUCUGAAGAAAUUUCGUUAAGCUCCAUGCAACCAAUUCCACAUUACAGACCUGGCGACCUUGGCUUUAUUCCUCCAUUAGAUAAGUCAAUUUUAAAUGGUAGCAAAAGUGAACAUUUUUAUUUUGAUAAGAAAAUACUUAACGAAACGCAAACGCUGAACAAGUUAGUUAACGGAGCAUUCAAGUUACCGACUAUUAAAUCGAUUUGAAGAAAUGUUUAAUCGGUAUUUUUUUAUAUAAAGUGUAAAUUAUUGUAAUAAAAUAAAAUAAAUGUAUAAAAAAUUAAAAUUAUGUAAUCUAAAGUUUUGUUUUCACAGUGACAAAGUUUAUGGUAAAAAUAAAAUCAACAAUUUUUGUGA